AUGCACUUUUGCAAUGUGCAGUAUUGCAACUGCCCUGGGCCUGAGGAUUCACAUCUUCAGCUUACCAUGGCCAGCCUAUUCCCAGCUAUGACUAAGGCACCAAGGACAGCUUUCACUUUCCAGGUGCUGGAUGACUUCAUCAGGGACAAUGUUGAAUGUGGAACCUCUGCCAUGAACUAUUAUAGCAAACUUCAGAGAGUCACCUCAAGCACAUUUCCUCACUUAGUACCAAAUAGGUAUAGGGAAUUGCUCAGGGUGUCAAGAAUGUGGAGGCUCCUAAAGCUGUUGAAAUGGCAGGGAUUCCAUCAACAGUUGCCUGAUCCCUGGGCCAGUGAACUUGUCCUCUUCUGCCCUGCCUGUCCCCAGCCAGGGAUCAAUCCUGACUUGUGUAGCUGGCAGUUUGCUAGGACCUUUGUGAUGGACAGCAACUUCAAGGCUGAGCAUAUGCUGCCCAAGAAUGCUGCCAAAGAGGUCUGGCUCAUGGAUGGAAAUGGCUUCAUGAAAUCCAACUGCAAUAACCACCAGGCUGUUAAUCAAGCAAAUGCACUAAGGAAUAAGUUGGAAUCAAUUGGGAUUGGUGGAUGUGCCUGUGUGAGGCAUGGCUGUUUUGUACCUCAUGCAAUGGUCAACUUUCAGAAGGGAGAGCAGUAUGCACCAAUUCAUAGUCCCUGUUCAUGA